CCAAACUGCAGUCGGUGGUGGCUGAGGGCGGAGCUAGUAGUCACAGCCGGCUGCAGCGCUGCAUGAGGAGGGCCCGCAGCCUGCAGCAGCGCAUGCAGCUGCAGCAGCAGAAGCAGCGGUGCGACUCAGAAGCAGAAAAACAGCAACCAGAGCAACAACACGAGGAGGAGCAGAAGCUCCAGGAACAGCCCAGUGAAAAGCCUUUCAGAGUACUUCUGACAGACGCUCAGGGCAACCAUUCACCUGCCACUCAGGACCCUCAGGCCCUGCCUCCUUCCACCUGCCUCGUUAAGCCCCUCCCUCCCAAACUGACCUUGGUUUCUGAGCCCCCCUCCAGUCCUCUGGCCUCUCCAUCUGGAGAGGACAGAAGGAACAGGAGCCCCUGCUCUCGCUUACUAAAGCCCCUUUGUACCUCCAAGUCCCUCCCCGUUCUGUGUGGUGAGACCUCCCUGGAAGACUUGGCCCCUCCCCCUCUAACAGAGGAGGAGCGGUCAGUCCAGUCACAAGCCACACCCACUAUCAGAUCACAAUCCCGAACUCCAUCCUCUGUCAGCACCAGCAGAUGUCAUGUGAUAACAGAGGUGGACUCGUAUAGCACAAGACAGCCUAAGGCCACGCCCUCUGAAUCUAGCCCCGCCCAGAGAUUAGUCCCUCCCCCUUCUUCUCUCCCAACCAGAAAAUGGUCCUGUUUAAACCUGGACCAGUCUGAUGUUGUGGAUUCUCUGAAUCCAUCUAUCAGCUCACCCUUUUACUCCCCCCCAGACUCCCCCUACAGUGCCCCCCCUGUGACCCAGCCCAGUCAGACCUCCUCCCUGCCCCCCAACGGGGACUACAGAUCAGCCCUGCCGGUGGAGCGCUGGGCAGAAAAUGUCAAUAGAUACUACGGCUCCCAGAAUGCAGCAGGAGGGGGAGGAGGUUGUGGGGAGCCCGUUGGAGAGCUGUCUGAGCUGGAAACAUUGUACCAAGCCAGUCUCUUGGCUCCCAGCAUGCACCGGGGCACUCGUGGAGUCAGUCCUCAGCCAGCUGGUAGCAGACCAGGUGUGAGAAGAGUGCCGUCCGGAUCUGGACGCUCUAAAACACCGACAGCUGAGAUUGAAAGAUUUGCCUACAGAACUCCAGUCACACCUGUGCAAAAGCCACCGCUGGCUGAAGACGAAAGCUACAGUGCAGAGAACCUGCGACGCCUCGCUCGCAGUCUGAGUGGAUCGGUCAUUGGGUUGAGACCACAAAACCCUCCACGCAGCUGUGACCCCUCCCUGUCCAGACCCCCCUCCAGACACCCAGACCUUCACUCCUCCUCCUCACUUCCCCCACGUCACCACAGCACCUCCUCGUCUUCCUCCUCCUCCUUCACAGCAGAUCACUCCUUCCACCAGCCCCGACACCACGGCCCCCCAGCUCCACUGCACCCUCACUUGCAGCCACCACGGCCCCCCAGCUCGGGGCCCUCCUCCUGGGGACACUCAGGACCUCCACGGCCCCCCCAGCAGCACUUUCUGGUUGUGUCUGACAGGAGUCCAGCUGCCUCAGGUCUCCACAGCGUCGCCCUGAAUUACGGCACUCUUCCCAGAGCUCCUCCUCGGCACGCUCUGCCUCCCUCCUCCACCUCCUCUCUCCCCAGACCCAGAACUGGUCCCGGUCCUGGUCCCCCUCCUCUUCCCGCUCCACAGAAUCUCUACGCCACCCUCGGCCCCCCUCGCCGCUCCACGAACACCUCCAGCACCAACAGACACCACUCGGACGGCGGUCUGCCUGGUAGAGUCAACGGGAGCUCCGCCUACGCUCCGCAGCCCCUCCGAGGGUCAGGAGAGCCCGCCAAGCCGCUCCGCCUGGACGUCCCGCCUGAAACCGACUGGCGCCUUGAGUCUGACGUCAGGACGGGUCAGUUCAGCUCCGCUCGACGUCAGCAGCCGCUCCAACGGACCGACAGAGGCCCCUACAGGGCCCCCCAGCUCUGCUCGCUCUGCCUGCAGACCCCCGUGGAGCCGUCUUGUCCGUACUGCCUGUCCUGCAGAGCUCAUGUGGCCCGCUUCCAUCUGCACAGCACAUAGUGACGUUUGUUCCCCUGCAGCAGUGGAGGAGGACCUCUAAUACCAGCUGGUCCAACACAAACAGGUUGUUUCUAACUGGACUUUAAAAGCACAUUCAGAUCUGUGCUGGAGAUGAUGCAGCUGAUACAUGAGCAGGAAGCUGCUGUCCUCCUGCAUCACAAACGUCGUGACGGUUCCAGUUUAUUGAUGAUUACGUUGAUGAUUACGAUGAACGUUACAGAACGGAGUUUAAUUAAAGAUAUCUUUAUGAGCUGCAGGCGUUACACCCAUUCACUGACAAAAAACAAAACAUUUAUUUGAGUUAACAUCCUGGAGUUUUUCCAUUGACUGGACUGUUACGGUUGGAGGAUAGAGGCUGGCUGUAUUCAGAGGGGCGUUUCCUAAAUGUCUCAAAACUUUCCUGAGGGUUAGAGUUUCACUCCUGUGGCGCAGGGAUUUUGAGCCUGUUCAACAAUUUUGUGUGACUUAUUUUUUCUCCAACUAGUUGUUGAGUCAGUUGAGUUUAGUAAUUCUAGAGCAGCAGAGCUGUAGUUUAACCUCUGCAUGAAUGUUGUGUUUGAGAGGCUCCACACUGAUGAUAAAUAUAAAUGAUUAUUGAGCUGAUUUAAUCUGAUUAUUAAAGCUGUUAUCUGACUAUGUGCAGAUGAGAAAAUACACAACUAUUCUUUUGAAUCACACUGAAUGACAUGUUUGAAGUGAAAUUUGAGCCAGUUUGAGAAUAUGCAAACAUGCUGAGGAGAAAGUGCAGCACCGGUGCUCUAGAAUUAAAGAAGCUGAACUGAUCAGGAUUAGAGAUGUUUGUGACGACUCUGUGACUAUUGUCAGAGCGAACUUGGAGCAACAAAAAUGUGAUUCACGCAAGGAAAUUGAAAAUCAAACUGCAGCAGCGUUUCAUUUCCCCUGAACAAGAUAAGAAAGGGUGAAAUUUCCCUUAGAAAGCUCAUUUAUAGGUAAUUAUUUUAUUUGUACUUCUUGAAAGUAGAACCACAGCUGCUAGUGUUUGAAGAAUACUUUAUAUAAUUUAUAUUCAUGGUUCCCAAACUCGGGUCUUUAGUGCUGAUUGUUUUCAAACUAGUUGUUUUUCUGCUCCAACACACCUGAACCAAAUUAAUGAAUCUCAGCAAGUCAUAAAGUUCUGCAGAGUUCUGUUCGAGCCGUUCAUUAAGAUCAGGUGAAACCUGCAGACCAGGGCUCCACGAGGUUCAGAGUUAAUGACCACUGGUUUGUACGUCAGGCUUGAUGACAUCAUUGUGUCUCACUGCAUUAUUGGCUUGUUAGCUGGGGGUCCAGGUGGAGGAUCGAUAUCGUUUUCAUUGCUGCGGUAGUGUAGCGCUACGUUGCUAAUGCUAGGUCCUAGCCACUUAUCCCGUUGUCACAAUCUGUGCUGGCUCUAAAUAACAAACGGUGGUUAGCCUGGGGGGUGAGUGGCCUGCUGUAACGCUGUAAUCCACCGGAGUAAACCCUAAAGUCACUGCUACAUUCUGUAAAUGAAGAUUUGAAGAAAAGCAGCAACAUACAAACUAUGUGAACCAGUAAGAGUCAAUACCUGAAAAAACUGAUCAGUUUUGUUUUGUUUGUUUGUUGUUUAUUUGAACAAAGGUUAUGUCUGUUUGCUUACAGGAAGUGGGCGGGGCUUGUAAGGGGACCAGAUCAGUGGACGAUGUUUGUCGAGUUCUGGCUUCAGCUUCUGGGUUCAUGUCAGAAUCUUAUCAAUAGUCUUUGAUUCAGAGCACAGAACGUACACAGAUAAAACAGGGUCUAAACCACCUCAGAAGGUGGUCUGGGGGUUGAUUUCUUCUUUAUCACUGUGUCUCCACCCUGAACCUCAACACCAGCUUAAGGCCCUGUUACAGUAUAAUGUUUUACACAACUACCAACAUAUGAAAAGUUUACACUAAAGAUGUCUGAGUUGAAGAUGGAAUUUAAAAACAUCUAGAAGCCUCUUUUGGACCUCUACAUACUGUACUGCUAACAGAUCAGAUAUACAGCCCACAUGAGUACAGUAGUCAAAACAAAAGGUUCAUAAGUCAGUCUAAGUACAUGUUGACUGUCACUGCUCAGUUCAUCAGUACGUUCAGAAAACACCCAGAAUGCAUCUGCGGCUCGGCUUGUUUUGUGAAAGUGCCUUAAGACACCAGCCAAAAGCAGAGCUUUACGCAGUGUGUGAUGAUGUCAUCAAGUCUGAGAAGAAAAGCAAUAACUACAAAUGAUCACAGUUCUCCUGCAACAAAUUCUUAACAGGAGAAUAAGAGUGACUUUCAGUUUGGAAACUGCAGGAUUUAACCUCAGCAAAACAAGAAAAUUUAAAUUCCACAAUUCAUUGGCUGGGUAUUUUUUAUUUAUUUUAUUUUAUUUUUUAAUUGACCAAAACCUUGAGUGUAAUAAUUUAAUGUUUAGGAUUUUCUAGUGGAUGAAAACAAUCCUUUUUGAGUUUUAAAGCAAAGCCCAGUUAAAGUGAAUGUAACCAGUUAUUUCAGUUUUGACAACCUGAGCAGCAUCAGGGACUGCUCAAGGUUCAGACAGAUGUUGAGGUUUUUUUUCCUUCAAAAGAUCUGAAGUUCAGCGUGAAUUUAAAAAAAAAAAGACUUUCGUUCAGUAUUUCUAAAAUCCCAGGCAGCUGUCUGUAGUUUGGUCGUCUCUGACAGAUGGUUUAAAAUGUUUGGAUUCAGUUUACGGUGUCUCACAGGAAGGAAGUAAAAACCUGCGAGCCUCUUUCACUGAUGCUGAACUGCUCUGCUGUUUCUGGGGUCAGAGGCUGUGCAGCUGAUCAGACGGCAGACUAACCCUCACAGCUGCAGGAAAUGAAGGAGGAGGACUUCCUGUGUGCAGUUUGAAUAGAAACGUGUUUGUUUUUGUCGCCCCCUGGCUCUGCGUUGUGUGUAGAUGAUCUCAGCUGGAUUUACUCCACCAUAGAGCUCGUCAGAUGUUUGUUUUUUCUCGCGUAUUGUUUGAGACGUGCCGCCUUCUUUAGAUUCAAACUGAAGCUUUUCUUUAAGAGAGUCGCAGCUAAUAUUUAGCAUGAUGUUUAUCCUAGCCUUGGUGUUUUAUUCUAAUGCAGACUUUAGCGCAGUGACUCCACUGCAUCCAGCUCUAAUUUAGUGCACUUCACAAGUGUUGGAGGUAGAUUUGUUUUUAUCAUUCGCUUCCUGCUUUAUAUUUUUACUCUUCUCCUCAAAUCUAUCGUUUGUUCUGGGAGUAGCUUCUACUCAGACGAUACAGGAACUCUGGUUAAAAACAAAAAAAAACAUUGCUCAGACUCCGCCCACCUCCAGGUGAGCUGACCCAGGUCUGACCUGACGAGUUAUAGAUUCUAAUCCAGACUUUCUCUCUGUCAAAGUUUGUGUUUCAGAUUAGAACUAAGGACAAAAUGUCCACAAGUCAAAGAAAAAGAAGUGAUUUCUCCAUCAUUUAGAGUUCCUCCUGCUUUGCCAGAUAUUCAGUUGAGUUUUGGUAUAUUUUUGAUGCAUAUUUUUCUACAGUGUACACUUGACAGAGUUGAUAAGAAUAAAAUGUUUAAAGCCUGAA